CAUCCUGCCUUGUAUCAACGCUUCAGGCUGCUGCUGCUGGUGGUGUAAUGGUGUGGGGGAGAUUUUCUUAGUACCAACUGAGCAUGGUUUAAACACCACAGCCUACCUGAGUAUUGUUGCUGAGCGUGUCCAUCCCUUUAUGACCACAGUGUACCCAUCUUCUGAUGGCUACUUGCAGCAGGAUAACGCACCAUGUCACAAAGCUCACAUCAUCUCAAACAUGACAAUGAGUUCACUGUACUCCAAUGGCCUCCACAGUCACCAGAUCUCAGUCCAAUAGAGCACCUUUGGGAUGUGCUGGAACGGGAGAUUCUCAUCAUGGAUGUGCAGCCGACAAAUCUGCAGCAACUGUGUGAUGUCAUCAUGUCAAUAUGGACCAGCAUCUCUGAGGAAUGUUUCCAGCACCUUGUUGAAUCUAUGACACCAAGAAUUAAAAAGGGGGUCCAACCUGGUACUAGCAAGGUGUACCUAAUAAAGACAAUAAGCACCAGACAUCUUGAUCUACUAACAAGGACAAAGACAAUUCAUCUGUGGUAAAUCAUCAGUAAACAACAGCAUGUGCGAUGAUAAGAUGUGCAUAUAAAGAUCCUUUUUCUUUGAAGCCUUUUAACUUCUUUAAGCUAUAAUAGAUUUUACUGCAUAUUUACUGUUACUGCUAUGGCUGUUUGCAUUCUGCAUUAAGUUUUAGCUCAAGUUCAUUCAAGACACACUUCAACACACUUUGUUGAUCCCUGAUCUAACAGCUGAUAUCAGCCUUAUCUACUAACAAGGACAAAGGCAAGUCUUCAGUCUGUAAAUCAUCAAUAAACAACAGCACCUGCCAUGAUAAGAUGUGCACAUAAAUAUCUCUGUGUGGUCCACAUCAAAUCAUUUUCAUCAACACAACAGAAACAGCAGCUCCUCGUCUUCUUCUGGAUUCAUUCUGAAAGUCAAGAACAAUGAAUCAUAGCUCAGUUCUGUGUUUGCUGCUCCUUCUGGGGACGUGCUCGGCUUACACCUAUCAAAAUGUGGCCUUGCGUGGAAAAGCGACCCAGUCAGACCGCACAUCGCACGCAUUUGGCGCUGCCUACAAUGCUAUUGAUGGAAACCGUAACCCUAUCUACGAGGCUGGAUCAUGCACCCUCACUGAUAAUCAGACCAACCCCUGGUGGAGAGUGGACCUGCUGGAGUCCUACAUUGUCACCUCCAUCAUCAUCUCCAACAGAGGAGACUGCUGUGCAGAGAGGCUCAACGGGGCAGAGAUUCACAUCGGCAACUCUUUACAAGACGAAGGUGCUGCAAACCCAGUAGCUGCAGUAAUUAAUCACAUCCCAGUUGGCAGGUCUUUGAAAAUUACCUUUACCAGGCGUGUGGAGGGACGUUAUGUGACCGUGUUUCUGCCUGGUUUAAGAAAGAUCCUUUCACUCUGCGAGGUGGAAGUCUACGGAUAUCGUGCUCCAACUGGAGAUAAUCUGGCGCUCUACGGAAAAGCCUCACAGUCAUCACUGCAUUCUAUCGGCAUUGCAAAUAAUGCUAUAGAUGGGAAUCGUAACACCCUCUGGAGCCAGGCUUCCUGCAGUCACACAGGCAACGACUUAAACCCCUGGUGGCGAGUGGACCUGGGCAAAACCCACAAAGUGUUUACUGUUAACAUCACCAAUUACGUAGAUGCUGGCAGGCAACUUGAAGGAGCUGAGAUCCGAAUUGGAGACUCUCCUGAAAACAAUGGCAACAACAAUCCCAGGUGCACUGUGAUCUCAAGAGUCCCUCCAGGUUUCACAGAAACCUUCUACUGUGACGGGAUGGACGGACGCUACGUUAACAUCGUCAUUCCUGGAAGAACCAACCACUUGAUCCUGUGUGAAGUGGAGGUGUACGGCUCCAGACUGGAUUAACUAAAUUAAAUUGGAUUAAAUUACUGGAUCCCUUUAAAUCUACACCUCAGUUUCAAUAAAAAAAACAUUAUAAUCUUUAGAUAAAUAAUCUCAGGACAUUUUGUGUAAGACAACCUUGGUUUUAGCUUGGUGUACCUAAUAAACUGGCAACUGGGCGGUAGCUAUUUUUUCAUACUGUCAUACCUUUUUGACAUUUGGCAUUUAACCUACAGUGACACCCUCCUGAGACCAGAGCUUUAGUUAUUUAGCUAUGUAGUAUAAGGACCUGACAAGCAUAGAAAUUAAGCAUCUUCUUUGAACAGGAAGUGGCUUUUGAUAAACAAAAACAAAGGAACAACAAAAAAAAAAACCUUGUCCACUUUAGUUUUGGGAUUGGCUGCAGACUGACUUGGCAGAAAUGCGUGUUGUGCUCUUGCUACCACUACAAGGCACAGAAAAGUGUCCACAGACGAGGACAACAGAUUUAAGAAACCCAAAAUGUAAUGUCCUCGUGUGAGGACGCAGGUUGUGAUUAUAUUUGUAUGACAUUUUGUCUGAACUUUGUACUUUUGUAUUUGUUUGAAUCCUAUUUUAUUUUGUAAAGCUGUUGAGUUUUUUUUUGUAACCUAAGUGAAGAUUUGAUUUCUAAUAAUCAACUUUUUUUGUACUGUCACAGCCUGCAGAUGAAUAUUAUGCCACAUUGCUGAAAUAAAUCAAAACUAUAUAUAAAAAAACAGCCUGUAGUACCUUUGCAUUCACUUCACAUG